GUGUUUAAAUAUUUAAGUUUUUUGUUGCUUUGUAUGGUGUUAUGAGAAUAAAUGUGAUUAUUUUAUUGUGCACUACAUGUGUCCUAAAUACUAGAUAUGACAAUGGAGUCGUUAAGAAAGUGGUUUUACAAGCCAAAGAGAGAUGACAAAUCUUUAUUAGCACAGUUUUUCUUUGCUGAUGAAGAUUUAAACUUAAUUGCAAGUGAAUUGGAUAGUUUCGAUGGUCGAAGGGAUCCAGAACGAUGUACAACAUUAGUGAAUCUACUUCGACAAUCACAAGAUCGAGUAUUAACUAUUACUAAUGCAAUUAUGGAUGUGUUAAUACCAAACGAGCGUGCAAAUCGAGAUUUUCGUGUAAAAUUCCCAGAGGAUGUUUUACAAGAGAACCUAGCAGGGCAACUUUGGUUUGGUGCUGAGUGUCUUGCUGCUGGUUCAUCCAUAAUGAAUCGCGAAGCGGAAAGUGCAGCAAUGCGUCCAUUAGCCAAAGCAUUAACGAAAAGUUUAGAAAAUGUUCGAAACUUACUGCGAGAAGCAUGCUUACGUAAUAACACUCCAAAUGGGCCACUACGUUUACCCAACAACGAAUUUAUAAGUGAAAGUUUAAAAAUUUUCGAUAAAAUUUUCGCAGAAUUCGAAUUACGAUAUGUAAGCGCAAUGGUUCCUGUAAAAACUACUCAAGAAUACGAGUUACAAGAACUAAUUGGUGUACUGUUCUCUGAGACGUUACAACGUGCAUUAAAAAUGAAUUUAUUAACGCAAGAGCAAGUUGAUGAUUACGACCCAGCGUUAAUGUUUACAAUUCCCCGUUUAGCAAUCGUUAGUGGUUUACUAAUUUUUCCAAAUGGACCGUUGUGUAUUGAUAAAUCUGAGGAACAUAUGUCAGAAAUGUUUCGACCAUUUAAGACUUUAUUACAUAAAAUUCGUGAACUUUUAUGGACGCUAAAUAAACGUGAACUUUAUAUGUUAGAAAAAUUGUUAUGUGAUAACGAACAAAUCAAUAAUUGUGAUUACAAAUCGGUUGUGACCAAUAACAACGUUGACGACGAUUUGGACGAAUUUGUGAAUCGGUUUUAUUCAGAUUAUCCCCUAGCGAAAGAUUUUGUGUCAAGUUUUUAUACAGUUACCAAUGCAUCGACAAAUUCCACAACAGAUUAUGCACGCGAAGCUGCCGAAUUAAACGUUCCAGAACCAAGCAAUGAAUCGUUAUAUCCCGAUUAUGAAACUAUUUCAGAUUCAUCGUUACCGCCUGACUUGGAACAUGUGGAAUAUUCUUCAAUUCCAACCUCCCCUCUAGAAGAUAUUAUAACAAAUGUUAUUGAAACGGUGACAUCUGUGAUGGCAUCGUCUUCAGAAACACCUACUGAAAAUUGGAAUCACCAAUCAGAGAAUAUUGAAAUACCUACUUCAUCAAAUUCGGGGUAUUUAUUAUCGAAUACCGUCGAACAUGAUAAUAUUUUAGCAUCAUUAUCGAAUCCAGAUCAACAGAGUCCACAGCGAGGGGAAAGUUUACCCGAUUGUGAUUGUCUGGAAACUAUUUCCGCUGCAACGGCCACACUUUCUACACUCCUAACUAAUCAAGACGAACCAGUUCUGGCUAAAUCUGACGAAGUGAAAGAAGACUGUUUAUAUUGUGAAGAAAUUAAGGAUAAUAAAAGGAUCGAAUGUAUAAAAAAUGACUUGUUGUAUUUGGAAUCACCAGGAGGUAUUGAUUCUGGGAUCUCAACGGAAAAUACAAGUCUAGAUCGAUCGCCUAGUUUAGAUUUAGUUACAACGACAAACAAAAGUUCUUCGACGUCUUCUAGUGUUGUUACUACAACAAAUACGAUGACUUCUUGCCAAUUUAAUAACAAUGGACAACAUCACAGCUCCGCAAUAAGCCCAGUUAAAAAUAUUGAAAUUAGUUAUACGGAGAAAAAAAGUAUACAAAAUAAUGACGAAAAUUGUGUUCGUGACCCGCCUGGUACAAGUAAAACGGUACAACGGCGUCGUGAAAUUUCACCUAGACUUAGAAAACGACAUCAUAGACAUCAUCAUCGACAUAGGCAAGUGAAUGGUGAUGGACAAGUAAAAGAAACGUUAAAUAUUCCAGAACCACCACCGGUUACAACAGUAAGCGCAACCCUAACCACUACAACGACAUCAUCGUCACAGGAUAAUUUAAGUGUGUGUAGUAGUGAAACGUCAACUUUUGAUAGUGAUUGUGCUGACGAUGAGGAAAUUGCUUUAGCUAUGCAAGCUGCUGAAAUUGCUAAUCGUAAUGAAGUUCGCUCUAAAUUUAGAUCAACAGAAGAUCUAUUACAUCGUUUAUUUGUUUGUAUCGCUGGAGUUGCCGAUCAAUUACAAACAAAUUAUGCUAGUGAUCUACGUAAUAUAUUAAAAGCUGUAUUUCUUAUGAAUGUAAAUAAUAGUAACAAUAAUAAUAAUGACGACACCACAACGACAUCACCAACUAACGAAAACGGACAAAUGUCUGAAUCGAUAGAAUACCGUGCAUCGGAAAGUGACAUCAUUCCAAGUGAUGAAUUCGCAAUCGAUCCAAACAUUCUAGCACAAGAAGCAUUAUUCGACACAAAUGUAUAUUUUCAUAUUGAUGAACCAGGACACCAACAACCGUCUGAAGAUGAUUCCCAUCUUGAAGAUGAUAUUCAAUCCGGGAAUCCUACAAUUCAAGUCACAUCUUCAUCACAAACCACAACUCCAUCGGAUGACCGUCCUCCCGUAUGGAUACCAGAUGUUCAAGCACCUAAAUGUAUGUCAUGUGAAGCAAAUUUUACGGUUGUAAAACGUAGACAUCAUUGUCGUAAUUGUGGCAAAGUAUUUUGUGCUCGUUGUUCAGCUAAUAGUGUGCCUUUACCAAAAUAUGGUCAUCAUAAACCGGUUCGAGUGUGUAAUAAAUGUUUCAUGUAUCAUUUAACACCGUUUACGAUGUGAAAAGACUUUGGAUCAGCAAAAGAUAAGCGUUCAUAGAUUUACUAGCUAGGUAGAUAGAUAGACACAAAAAAACAAAGUAUGAUUGUUUCUUUGGAAAAAUUUAUCAUUUUUUUUAUUUUAUUUUAGGGAGAUAAUUUCUUUUAUUUUUUAAAUUGUUAUUUUUGUUGUAUAUUAAGACUUAAAACGCACAAGUACUGUAGAUUUUUAAUUUUAAGAAAAAAAAAACGUAAAAGUAUAGAACGUUAAUCAACCGUACAUAUCCGAGAUCAGAUAUGUCCAAUGCAUUCCGUGUCUGUUACAGCCGAAGGAAAAAGGAUGCGGCUUCAUUCCAUUUUACUCAUCUUCCUCUCAAGUAAUCAUCCAUCACGUAUCUAACUUAUACAGGCUCCUUGAUAAACUCUGAUAAAUUUGUAGUAUUUUUCACGGACUCACUGAGAAAACUGCAGCAUUGGGAUCCCUUUUCAUGGAUGUACUAUUAUUGCCGUCAUCAAGUCAAAUAUAGUUGGAAAUAGUCCUUCCACUCUCAAAAUAAAUAAUCAAAUAAUAAGUUCAUUCAGAUUAAGUUCAUGUCAGACACGGAUCUGACUCGAGUUUUCGACCAAGAGAAUAGUUUUUACGAAAAAUGUCUUUUUUCAAAAAAAUUAUAUAUUUUGAAAAGUUAGUAACAAAACAUAUUUGUUACUAAUGUAUUUUUUUAUUGCAGCAUUGAUUGUCUUUGCGGACGUUUUUCCAAACAAAGUAGUUCGCUGAAAACCAUUUCCGAAGGAAAUGGUUUGAGGAUGACUUGAGGAAGCAAAAUUUUCGUGUUCCGACAUAUUGAACUCUAAAAGUGUACUUUUAAGAAUCAUCUUUCUUCUUUUCCCACUAUAAAAUACAUCCAAACAUACUCGCAUACUUUUCUCAUAGUUAAUAGUUUUUCAAAUGUAUCAUUCCAUUUUGUUUGGAUGAAAAUUGUAUUCAUGUCUGCGAUGAAUCAUAGAUAGCUCGAGGUGAUGACCUAUGGAGACAAAUUUUAUUUCAUGACCAUAAUGAAAUCUGAAUAUCAAAAGAAAAGAGACUAUCAACUGAGAUCUCGUUACUCUGAAUGUUUUUCAGUCGUAAUAUAGUAGAAAUGGCCGAUGUCUGAUAUUUAAAAUUGAAUGUCUACAGUACUCGCCGGAUUCAGGUCUUAGAAUCCUUUUUGUUGUUGUAAAAUAUAAACAGUGGUUGUGUUUCAGCAUAGCUUUUUUCAUUAAAAGCGAAAAAGAAAUUAUCUUAAAAUUUUUUUUACCACCU